AACCAACAAAAUACUAUCUGUAAAUUUGUUGAUUGCAUUUUAUGGGGCUUUUUGCAAUGGCAGCUGCUGCCCCCACACAAGAUAUGAGCAAACAAAUGGCAUCAGUUUAUUGCACUGGAAAAUGCACGAGAACUGGGAAACAUGGAAAUGCCGGAUGUCCACAUGGUGUGGGCUUGUUGUGGAUAUUAACACUGAUGAUUCCUCUUGCCACCUUGAUUGUUGGCUCUGGAGCGGAGCGUACCAAUGUGGGCCUCAUCUACGAGAGUACGAUUCCAGAGAUGGAGAAAAUCUUUCAUUUGGCCAUUGCGAAAGCAAAUGAAGACAAUGAGGAAAUGAAUUUUCAUGGUGUUACCAUGGCCAUUGAGCCUGGAAACUCUUUUGAGACUUCGAAAAAGCUUUGCAAAAUGCUCAAGCAAAAUUUGGUGGCUGUUUUUGGACCCACUACCAAUUUGGCUGCUCGCCACGCCAUGAGCAUUUGCGAUGCAAAGGAAUUGCCUUUUCUGGACACACGCUGGGAUUUCGAUGCCCAACUGCCCACCAUCAAUCUGCAUCCACAUCCAUCACAGCUGGCCCUGACACUGAAGGAUAUUGUGAUGUCUAUGGGUUGGGAGAGUUUCACCAUUAUCUACGAGUCUGGCGAAUAUCUGGCCACUGUUAGCGAGCUACUGCAGAUGUAUGGAACAGCGGGUCCAACUAUCACAGUGCGGCGUUAUGAAUUGAAUUUGAACGGAAACUAUCGAAAUGUCCUGCGUCGCAUACGCAAUGCUGAGGACUUCUCUUUUGUGGUAGUCGGAUCAAUGGAAACAUUGCCAGAGUUCUUCAAACAGGCCCAGCAAGUGGGAUUGCUGACCAGCGAUUAUCGUUACAUUGUUGGAAAUCUGGACUGGCAUACCAUGGAUGUGGAGCCCUAUCAACAUGCUGGGACUAAUAUAACUGCGCUACGUCUAGUUUCGCCAGAAGAUGAACUAGUGCAAGAAGUGGCCAAGGCGCUUUACGAGAGCGACGAGCCAUUUCAAAAUGUCUCGUGCCCUUUGACCAACAGCAUGGCUCUGGUCUAUGAUGGUGUACAACUCCUGGCCGAGACCUACAAGCAUGUGGACUUUCGCCCCGUGCCGCUAAGCUGCGGCGAUGACUCUGCCUGGGACAAGGGUUUCACACUCGUCAACUAUAUGAAAUCGCUUACGCUGAAUGGCCUCACGGGUCCCAUUCGCUUUGACUACGAGGGAUUGCGCACAGACUUUCAGUUGGAUGUCAUUGAGCUGACUGUCUCCGGCAUGCAGCAGAUUGGACAAUGGAGCAGUGAAGGCGGCUUUGAGCCGAAUCGCCCACCUCCGGCUCAUUCCCUGGAGCCGGAUAUUCGUUCGCUGGUGAACAAAAGUUUUGUGGUCAUUACGGCCAUUAGUGAACCCUAUGGCAUGCUGAAGGAAACCGCAGAGAAACUGGAGGGCAAUGAUCAGUUCGAGGGCUUUGGCAUCGAGCUCAUCGAUGAGUUAUCCAAAAAACUUGGCUUUACCUACACAUUUCGCCUGCAAGUGGAUAAUAAAUACGGAGGCAUAGAUCCCAAAACAGGCGAAUGGAAUGGCAUGUUGCGUGAGAUAAUCGAUAAUCGAGCUGACCUGGCCAUCACGGAUCUAACAAUGACAUCGGAGAGAGAGAGUGGUGUGGACUUUACGAUACCCUUUAUGAAUCUGGGAAUUGCAAUUUUGUUUCGCAAACCAAUGAAAGAGCCCCCCAAAUUGUUCUCAUUCAUGUCGCCAUUUUCGGGAGAGGUGUGGAUCUUUUUGGGAUUGGCCUAUACAAGUGUGUCAAUUACCAUGUUUGUGCUGGGACGUCUAUCGCCAGCGGAAUGGGACAAUCCAUAUCCGUGUAUUGAGGAGCCCACCGAACUGGAGAAUCAAUUCAGUUUUGCCAAUUGCAUGUGGUUUUCCAUUGGAGCAUUGCUCCAACAAGGCUCCGAACUGGCACCCAAAGCCUAUUCAACGCGUGCUGUGGCUGCUUCCUGGUGGUUUUUCACUCUAAUUUUGGUAUCCUCGUACACAGCCAAUUUGGCUGCUUUUCUCACUGUCGAAUCCUUGGUAACGCCCAUCAAUGAUGCUGAUGAUUUGUCAGAGAACAAAGGAGGUGUGAAAUAUGGUGCCAAAAAUGGUGGCAGCACCUUUACUUUCUUUCGAGAGUCAACCUAUCCCACAUAUCAGAAGAUGUAUGAGUUCAUGAAAGAGAAUCCUCAAUAUAUGACCAAUACGAAUCAGGAAGGUGUAGAUGCCGUGGAGAAUACUAAUUAUGCCUUUCUCAUGGAGUCCACGACCAUUGAGUACAUCACAGAACGUCGUUGCACUUUGACCCAGGUGGGUUCAUUGCUGGACGAGAAGGGCUAUGGCAUAGCUAUGCGAAAGAAUUCUCCUUAUCGUGAUACUCUCAGUCUUGCCAUAUUGGAGUUGCAGGAGCAGGGCUUGUUGACCAAAAUGAAGACCAAAUGGUGGAAGGAGAAACGUGGUGGUGGCGCCUGUUCGGAUGCGGAUGACGAUGGCGGAGCAUUGGCUUUGGAAAUCAGCAAUUUGGGCGGCGUCUUUCUGGUCAUGGGCGUUGGCUCGUUCUUUGGCAUAUUUGUCUCGUUGCUCGAGAUGGUGCUUGGUGUCAAGGAUCGUAGCAGUGAAAACAAGGAGGUGCCUGAUUCGGAUGCCUCCUCGCUGGGCUUUGCCAAUUUGGGCGGCGUCUAUUUGGUCAUGUUUGUGGGCAGCUGUUUUGCCAGCGUUUAUGGGCUGAUUAACUGCGUGCUCAGCACCUACUGGAGUGCACGGGAGAAUAAGGUGAACUUUAAGGACGAGUUGCUCGAUGAGCUGCGCUUCAUACUCAGGUGUUCUGGCAACACAAAGGCUGUUAAAUAUCCCAAAAACUCAGAAAACGAUGCCCAUUCAGAUGAUGGUGGCUCUAAAUCUAAGGACUCCUCCGUAUCCAUUGAGUCCUUGCCCAAGGAUUCGUCAGAGCAGCAUGGCCCACGUACCAAGAAGUAGAAAAUAAUGGGUUUUUAUUUCAAAAGUUCUUAAAGCAAUUGUUUCAACCAGAAUAAAGAACUAAACUUUUGCAU